AAAAAGUAUCGUACAAUAAUUGUUUUACAGUACAGCAAUUUUAUAACAAAAUGUCAGAUUUACCAUACGGAGCACCUGUGCGUAUAUCGCCUCUAAUCAAGUUUGGACGUUGGUCCUUCCUCACCGUAGGAGUUCUAUACGGCGCCUUCCACCAGAACAGGCUAUCAAAGAAAGAAGCGAAACUACGAGAGAUUGAAGCCAAAGAGAAGGUCAUCCGCGAUGCCAAGCUGAAGGAGGAGAAAGAAAGAGCCUCGGCGCUUGAAAUAAAAGCAUUGGAAGAAAUGGCUAGUGGAACAGCUAAGAAGUGAAAAGAUAAAAUAGUUAUAAGUUAAUAGUGAAAUCUGCCGAUAUUUUUUUCCACAUUUCAAUCAAAAUCGCAAACUCCGUUGUUAUCAAUUUAUUUAAUGAAAAUAUAGGUGAAAAUAAAUA